UAAAGCCUUCGACCGCGUCGACCAUAAUAUCCUGGUCCCAAAGUUGCUGGCCCUUGGCGUCAGAUUGUCGCUUAUUCCAUGGAUACGCAGCUUUCUCUCAAAUCGCCGUCAAUCGGUAAAGAUCGACAAUUUCCAAUCUGAUUGGGGCAUCAAUAACACAGGUGUCCCUCAAGGAACUAAGUUGGGCCCUAUUUUGUUCAUAAUUAUGAUCAACGAUCUUGAACUGGCAUCCUCUAGCACUGACAACUGGAAAUAUGUGGAUGACGUAACAAUAUCGGAGUCCUUAAAGAAAAAUGAAGUUUCAGUCCUACAAUCUGAUCUUAACACAAUUGAAAGAUGGACUGUUAAUAACAACAUGAAAUUGAAUGGAAAGAAAUGUAAAGAAAUGAUA